UGCCGUGGUCCUGUAACGAAGCUUAGCUUGAGAACUGAGGACUUGGCACCCGGUUGUGUGUGUAUGUGUCCUCUUUUCAGUGUUUGGAGCCGCUUUGCUGUGCUGUGUGUAUGCCUACGUGUGGUUUAGGAAGAGGGGACUGUGGGGACUGUUAUUAUUUGGAUUUUCAGAACCAGAUUGCCAUUUAUCUUACUUGCUUCCAUCUGUGCCGAACUGUGUGUUGUGGCGAUUAUUGGCAUCGGCAUCUUCACGUCGUCGUUUCCGUCUCGUGCCAUUACGCAUUUAUCAACAAGUAGUUACACGCACGCACGCACGCACUCACUCACGCACUGCCGUGUGGUUAGCCUGUUAGUGGACUGGCGGAAGUCUGGAGGAAUUUUUCCUUCGACCGGAAGUUUGAUGAGGCGGCAGGUGUAAUAGGCCUAAAAGUGCUAUUUCCGGUCCAGGGAUUUUUCACUUCGAUUAUUUUUUGCUCUCUGUCAACCGGGUCGGGUCAAAAGUCAAUAUCCGGUUCGGGACCGAAAAAGGUUUCGUCGUCCUAAAAUCUAGGCUUAAUCACCAACCAAAAACAAUAAUUCGUGCUGUGGGAUUGACCGAACUCUGUGUGGAUGAUAAAAUGAAUAAGGUGUGGGUUGCCUUCGCGGUGUUUGGCGCAAUAUCGUCGUCCUUUCUGACUUCUGCCCACUGCCGGAUCGUCAAGCGGAGCUAUUCGGACCAGAGCGUUCGCGGGUACCUGACAGAGCGAACCUGCUGGUGGAACGAGGUGUGCAAGGAGGAAUUUCAGCAGCUCUUCCGGUGCCGAUGCCCUCAGUGGUCCUACUGCAGAUCUCCUGGACGGUACUAUAACGCGUACUGUUCGAUGACCAACACGGGCUACAUUUGGACGCAGCCCACGUGGGAUUGGGAAACGGCCUAACGAGCCACGUGGCCAGAUGUCAGGAAACAUGAGAACCCAAUCCGAAGUCCCUAGGCCGCCAGGGAUCUUCGCAGCGAAUUCUACAUUCAGUGGGCAAAACAAGCCACAUUGAGUUACUUUAUGUGAUUACCGAACGAGAUAUUUCAACAUUUUCAUUUGACCUGUCUAAGACCAAAAAAAUGUAAUGGAAAAAAAUACUAGGAAACAUCAUCAUCGGGAUGCGAAUCAUUGCAUUCAAUAGAGACCAAAUAUUUUAUAUAGGAUAUUUAAGGUGUCACACCAUGUAGAAUUUUAUCAAACCAUAGGUUAGUGCAUUAUACACACUAAAUGAUUUUUCAAAAAGGCUAGAGCAUCGAAAAGACUCGUGUAAUGGCAAGGAUAUGAAAGACUUUUAUGGUGAGCGCACAGCAAAAGAUGCAUUUUUUAUUUACUCAUCACAAUCGAAUCAAGGCUUUCCCUAAAAAAAAACUCAAUCAUAUCAAGGUUUUGAAGUAAAAUGCCAAACUCUUGAACUUUUGUUUUAUUGUCAAAGAAUUCAUUUUAAACCUUAGUCUUAGUUCAAUGCCCAACAAAUAAUAUAAUUGAUACACUUAUAAAAAAAAUGGACUUAUCACACAUAUAAAGGAAAAACAAAAUCAAAGUCGCUUAAAAGCCAAGCAAUUCUACUUCAAAUGUUUUAAAACGAAAAUGAAAAACUUUAAAAAGAAAUACAAAUACAACCUUAUCAAGCCGUUUAUAAAAAUGGAAUAUUUUACUACUAAGUCAGUAGAAUAGUACCGUUUAGUGAUCUCUAGAUAGAUAGUAAGUGGAAUACCAAUGCAAGUCGGCAAGAUUGCAAACAGUUUGCGAACGUGUUGCUAACAGAAAGAUUCUAGUUUUAACCUAGUUAUUAUGCAUGCGGUUACGAUUUGGGCAUAACUGCAUAUAAUGUACGUUACGUACAUACGUGUAACUAUGCCUGUUUUCGGACAGUUCAGUGAAACAAAUCUUAUAAAUAUAUACUUCACACAAACACACGCAGCAAAAUGUAAUAAUCUUACCAGUCACAUGAAAAAAAAAACACGCCACAAGUUGAAUUGAAAUAAAUUCGUUUAAGGCAGCGGUGUUGUUGUUGAAAGAAAGAAA